GUUGUCCAGCGUCAUGAGUCAGCGAACUGAACGGCGGGGGGGGAUACACGUGGACCAAUCGGACCUGCUGUGCAAAAAGGGAUGCGGUUACUAUGGCAACGCGGCGUGGCAGGGCCUGUGCUCCAAGUGCUGGAGGGAGGAGUACCAGCGGGUACGGCAUCAACAGAUCCAGGACGACUGGGCCUUGGCGGCAAAGUUGCAGCGGGAGGAGGAGGCAGCGUAUGCCAGUAGUCAUGGAGCGCAGACACAGCCCCAGUCCACAGCGCCACAACCACACCCGGGCCACGCCUCCCUGGGACCCUUCUCCAAGUUUGAGGAGAAGAAGACCAACGAGAAGACACGAAAAGUGACCACCGUUAAGAAGUUCUUUAGUCCCUCGUCGCGGACUGCUCCAAAAAAAGAUACCCCAGAGGGCAAGACGCCCAGUCCGUCAAUCAGCCGCCGGGCCAGCUUCGAUACAGACCAGGUGACCAAGGACUUUGCGGACUUCCUGAAAAGCCUCCAGAAGCCCGGCCGGGAGAUCCAAAAGCAGUGCCGGGCCUUCAUCGUGAACAUGUCGGGCAAGAAGGACUUGGGUGCUGACGAGCUGUCGGAGUGCGUUCAAGAUUUCUACCAGAACUUGGCCGACCGUCUGAUGGGUCACUUUAAAGGCUCCUCAGAGUCUGUGGAGCAGGUGAUGGACCAAGUGGAAAAGUACAUCAUGACUCGUCUGUACAAGAGCGUGUUCUGUCCAGAGACCACGGAUGAUGAGAAAAAGGACUUGGCCACACAGAACAGGAUAAGGGCGCUCCACUGGGUGACCAUCGAGAUGCUCUGUGUUUCCAUGGACGAAGAAAUUCCUGAAGUCUCCGAGAAUGUGGUCAAAGCGAUAACAGACGUCAUUGAGAUGGACUCCAAGAGGGUUCCCCGGGACAAACUCACCUGCAUCACGCAUUGCAGCAAACAGAUCUUCAGCGCCAUCAGGACCACGAAGAACGAGCCGGCUUCAGCGGACGACUUUCUGCCCGCGCUCAUCUACAUCGUGCUCAAAGCCAACCCUCCGCGCCUCCAGUCCAACAUCCAGUACAUCACCCGCUUCUGUAACCCCAGCAGGCUGAUGACCGGAGAGGAUGGAUACUACUUCACCAACCUGUGCUGUGCAGCGUUCGCCGAAGUUGGGCAGUCUACGCUCAGUCUCAACUCUUCCCGGAGUUUCGCGGAGUUGGCGCUACGGGCCAAGCCGCCGCGAUGCAGCGCCUCGAGGCGACGAGCCGCCGCCGCCGCGCCCCGCGCCCGCCCCCGCCUGGCUCAGCUGAAUCACAACCUGGAGCUGCUGUCGGGCCUCGGCAGCCGGCAGCAGGCGCUGAUGGAGGCCGCUCAGAGCCUGCAGGCCGACCUCCUCUCCUGGCCCGCGGGCGUGCAGCGGGAGGUGGACGACGUCCUGGAGAGGUACCCUCUGGAGGUCCCGCCUCGCGCCGCGUCGGCCGGCGACGACGACGACGCGGACGGCGACGACCCGCCGCCGCCGCUCACGCCCCAGGUGUUCGCCGGGUAGCGGCGUCUUGAGAACUUUCCACGCACAGCGAUGGUGCUCCUGCUUUCACGAAAAGUCGAGCUCAUCGCCUGCGCUUUGAGUUUCGUGGGAACGCCCCACACAGACUAAUAUAGAUCACGAUGAGCUUCGUGUGCAGCUUAAACGCCUCGUGUCUCCGGAAUGUAUUGUUUAUGAACAGCAGCGAGACGCAAAUUAGCACCUUCGGCCGACAGCGCGUAUCGAGGCGGUGCCGAGCUUCAGUGCGGAGGUACCUUUAAGGAACGUUUUCUUUUAUUGCUACUUGAUACUUUUACUCCACUACAUUUUAAAAAGAAGUACCAGAGAGCACAGUACCAAUAUGUAUUUGAUAUGUUUCGUUGCCUUGCGGAUUGAGAUUAAUAAUGCAGAAUGUAACCAGUUCAUACAUUAUAAUGUACCAGUGUUGGUUAAGAUACCCAGCAGUAUAGAAAGUACCUGACGUUCGUUCCACGGCUGCUUCAUGAAAGCGACGAACGCCUCAAUGCAUCACAAACUAGAAGCCAGCGACUGAAAUGUCUCUUGAACUUCCUGUCGGUUCGUAAACGUGAGAGCAAAGAGAGAAUAGAUGAGAAUAUGUUUCAGUAACUCUUUAUUAAAAAGGAACAAAAUCAAAGGGAGUAAACAAUACUCAACCCUCCUGUUACCUUCAAAUGUACUAACAUCUUUUACCAUUGGGGCCAAUUUGACCCCAGCAAUUAAAACCUCCAGAAAAUGAUUAGAAUUAAUAUUGUUUCCCAAGUUUAAGUGUCAAUAGCCCUUUAAAUAAAUAAAAAAGUUGAUAUUUCUGAUAUGUUUUACACAGUGAAAAACAGCCUGGGGUCAAAUUGAACCCAAAGAACUCCGAUGGGUACAAGUUGUGUUCAGGACAGUGAAAAUAUAUCAUCAUGUACAUUUUAUGUUUUCCCAGUUGUCCCCAAUAAAUUAGGAAAAGUCAUGAAAUAUGAAGCAAAAAAAAUGAUGUCAAUCAUUUAUUUAGAGACGUUAAACAUUGAAUGGGGUCACAACAGGAGGGUUAAGGAAGCUCUGAGUGUUCGGAGGCUCGCGAGCUCGUUGUGGCCUUUAUGGUUAUUCUGCUCAACUGUCACGUUUUUUUAGAAACCACAGAAUCUGUUUCGUCUGGAAAAGCAAGUAGAAACUUCGGUUUAUUGCCGAUGCGUUGGCGUUUCGGUUUGCCUCGUUAUUUCUGUUUUUAGUGGUUGGUUUUCUUUUUUCUUUCCCUCCAAUAGAGCGGUGGGGUGCCACCACGUAUCCUGGACCACAAAGGAAAAUAUAUACAGCAGUCAGUUUGAAUUGUGCCAUGAAUUACACGUAUAUGUGUUAAUUUAAAAGACAGUUUUGCUCAUCGGGAAAGUCACAUUUUGAUGGAAAACAGUGAAAAGAUGUCACGUUUCAUACCAGAAUGUGACGUUGGCUGCAAAGACAACGGGUCUUGCUCGGUCUUUUAUCUUACCCGAUGAUUUUUAAGAAAAGAGUCGCCGGUUAAACAUCGGGUAAGAUAACGUUAUAUUUGUGCGUUACCUGACUAUCAAGCUACGGUGACGUGUUGCUGACGUACAUUGUGCGAGACGAGAGAGGUAACGUCGGCUCACUGAGGGGUUUCACUCAAAUCUAAAUGCUACAACAAACUGAAACUUUCUUGACUUUCUAAAUUGAUCAAAAUUAUAUUUGACUAACGUACAACUCUUUUUCCAAAACCAGAAGGGGAGGGACUAAAUAUACUGUUUUGUUGAACUUUUUUUUCAUACGUUUAAUAUUUUGAACUGAAAUGUAACACAUUUAGUCAAGUAGCAAAUGAACUUUAACGAGGCUUUUGAAUUGUAUAUAUUUUGUCAACACUAUAACGUUUAAACUAUGUUUUUAGAGUCAGCUUAAUGCAUUUCAUGAUGAAUCUGUGUUUGAAUGCAAAAAGCACGUUUUAUGAAAGAAAACUAUGUAAAAUGUGUUUAAAAUAUUGAUUAUGUUAUUUUCCUGUGACGUACUGUAUAAUAACGGACUGGUGUCCGAUUGUCAGCUGCACAACUACUGGUUUUGUUUUUAUGUCGUUUGCUUUAGAGUCUUUGUAGUGUUUUUUUGUUCAGUGGCUAGUGUUGAAUUAAAAGCCUGUAAAAUGAUAACUAAGCUACUCAUCAAGGCCCUGUUUAGCAUCUGUGGUUCAACUAAUCCAGAUUUACGGUGAUUAUUAUUUUGAGCUUAAAUUAUCCUGUUAAUUCAAAGAGCUAACUUGGUUCUUUGAUGUCAGUUGUUUAAUUGAUUUUAUUUAAAAUGAAGCUUAAGUUAUUUGAAAAAAAACAGUGUUCUCCUAUUAUGAAAUAAAAAACACCAUGAAUAGAAGUCAAACUGUUUAUAUUAAUGUAAUUAUACAAUAAUAUUUGGGUUUAGUGACACAGGCAGUGCAGAAGACAGGAAGUAUCCAUACAAUUUGUUGACAGAUAUUGUGAAAUGUGAAAUAAAUUGAGAACAAAAUCUUCAUCUCCGAUAAAAGCAGAUAUCAUAUGAAUGAAUCUGAAAGUGGAAUAACAGGAAGUAAUUGUUUAUCCACAUCAGUUUCUGGGUUCUCCAUCGCGUUUGAGCAAGAUGACGUAGAAACAUCCUCUUGACAUAUUACUGAAAUUGACCAUUUAUUCCAAAUGUACUGGGUUUGCAACCCUGUUGAGCUUUCUGGCAUAAUAAUUAAAGUUAUGGUGCGUU